UGGACUCGGACCUGGCGUCAGAGCGCACCAUCGUCUUCAGCGGAGCACACACAGCAGCUAGGUGUGCUCUUCCUGCAGCGCUAGAAAUUGUAAAUAAUUAACAGUAUAAACUCACCACCAAAUAACCGAAAAUCCGAACGCUUAACUGAAAUCGAAGAUGCACAAGUCUAAGAAAGUAUAAUUAUGCAUAGCCACUAUGUAUAUAACAGCCAAAAACGAUUGUUAAAUUAAACUAAAAAAAGAAAGGAAAAAACAAGUAGCCCUCGACCAGCCCGAGAACCGAGCCCGGCAAGCAAAUGUCCGGAUAAGGGAGCCGCCACCUGACCAAUGGAUGAAAAUGCAGCCGUCGUCGUCACUUUCGUCGUCGUCGUACUCCAUUUCGCAUCGCUUUUGUCAGCAGCAACAGGAACAGCAGCCGGAGCCAGAGCACCCAGAGCAGCAGGAUCAGAAGGAUCAGCAGCAGUCCAGGCUGGCCGGAUUUUCACCCUACCACGCCCACGCCAAGUGCACGCCCUCGGUCGGUACGGCAGCGCUGCCACAGCUGGCCUCGACGCCCGUACCGGCAGCAGGCGCCUAGGUUGCCCAACCAAAAGAUUCCCACUUCGAAAUAGCCCAUCUACGCAGCAGCCACAGAUAUUGCCACUGCUGCAACUGCACCUGCAACAUAUACUGCAGUUCUGACUGCCGCAGCAACAGAUAUCGCAGCUGCCACUGCGCAAUAGCAACUGAAAUUGCAGCUGCAACGGCCACGGCAACGGUCACUUGGAGGAGGAGUCCAGCGCACAAGUCAGCACCAAGACAUACGCACAUAGCAGUAGCCGCACUAACCACAGGAGAAGGAUAAAGCAGAGGCAAAAUCGAAACCGAAACCGAAACUGAGACAGGAACCGGAAGCGGAAGGACGGGCAGCGGACACAGGCAAACAAAAUGGCGGAUGGUGGGCAUUCAUUCGUGAAGAAGACAUUUCAUAAGCCAACAUACUGUCACCACUGCUCGGAUCUGCUCUGGGGCCUCAUCCAGCAAGGAUAUAUUUGCGAGGUUUGCAACUUUAUCAUUCACGAACGAUGUGUCAGCAGCGUGGUAACGCCCUGUUCCGGCAUCGCUCCAUGCAUUAUAAAGAAUCCCGUGGCCCAUUGUUGGUCCGAGCCAACUCAUCACAAGAGAAAAUUCUGCACAGUCUGCCGUAAGCGAUUGGAUGAAACGCCAGCGGUGCAUUGUUUAGUCUGCGAAUAUUUCGCGCAUAUUGAGUGCCAAGAUUUUGCGGUGCCCGAUUGUACCGAAAAUGCCACAUAUGUGCCGGGCAAGGAGCUGCUUAAUGUGAAGCAUCAGCAUCACUGGCGAGAGGGCAAUCUUCCAUCAACGUCCAAGUGCGCGUACUGUAAGAAAACAUGUUGGUCCUCGGAAUGUCUCACUGGAUACCGCUGCGAGUGGUGCGGCAUGACAACCCAUGCCGGAUGUCGCGUGUACCUGCCAACCGAAUGUAAUUUUGGUAUUCUACAACCUAUCUACUUACCUCCGCACUCAGUCUCGAUUCCGCGCACCGAAGUGCCCAUCGAGGCCAUCAUCGGCGUCCAGGUCAAAUCGAAAACGACGCUCGUGCGCGAUUACUCGUGUCCCAGUCCGGAUUUGAGUGCCGGCUCCGGAGCGGCCAGCUGCUCCCCGAUCCCUGGAACGGGACCGGGAUCGGCGGGAGCAAUAACUGGGCUGGGCCUGAAGGAGCUGCUCGAGCUCCACAGGCAGCGGCGAGAGCAAUCGAAACAACAUUUUCUCCUUUCCACGCCGCCCACGCCCACCUCCUGUGGCUCCCACUCGCUCUGCCACUCGCCGACGCCCUCCUUCCUCACAGUGGGUGAGACCAGCAAUGAGGCGGACCAGGAUCAGGAUCGGGAUCAGCCGGAGGAGGAGCUGGAGGAGGAGAACACGGAGCAGGACAGCGCCCUGCAGCUGACCACUUCCACCUCGAAUGUGAUGUGCGCCAGUAACCUGCAGAAAUCACCCUCGGCCAACUCCUCGCUGCACCUGCUCUACACGAGCCUCUUCCGGAAACUCGGCCAGGGCAAGCGCCGGCGGAAACGGGGAUCUAGCGGCGGUGGCAUCUCGCCCAGCGAGGAUGAGGACGACGUGGACGGCGGAGUCUGUGAUAUUAGCGGCGGCGAUCUCAGCGACGACUACGACCACUGUGACGUGGCCCUGCGCCGGAGAUCGCUGCGCUCGCGUCAGCCACGUGAUGUCAGCGAGACAGACUACCACGGCGACGCCGAGGCGGAGGCGGAGGGCGAGACGGCGCCUAGGGAAAGCUGCUAUGAGACCUCGGACACCGGCGGGGAGCUGACCAACACCGACGACCUCGACAGCAGCCUCAACCUGAUCAGCAACCUUAGCUAUAAUAGUAGUAAUAAUAGUAACGCGUCCGCCUCCGCCUCCAAUGCCCCUAGAGGAGCCAGCACCACAAUCGCCCCCGCCAGCACCACUGCCCCGGGAAAGUCCGGACAUGCCUUGAGCGUCCACCCAGGACGACCGCAACCCAAGACUGGGGCUCCGGCCCAGGCCAAGCCCAAGCCCAAGCCCAUACUCAUGCCCAAGCACAAGGCGCAGGGCAAGGGCGGCUCCCUUAGCUCCCCGCUUUCCAACUCCAACUCCAGCGAUUGUUCUUCGGCCUCGCCCUCGGCCCCGGCGACGCUGCUGCAGCUAUCGCCGGUGGGCAGGAGCAAGUCCUUCCAGGAGUCGGCCGGUGUCACUGCCGUUUCGCGAUACAAGAAGUACGGACGCGGCCUGUUCCAGCGCCGGCGCUCCAAGAGAUCGCCCAAGAACGCUGCGGUGCCCGCGGGUACCAAGAGCAACUACAGCCUGGACAGGCUAUCGCAAAACAUCGAGAUAACCAUCCAGGACGAGGACGGCAACUACCAGCCGUACGACGACAAUUUCCAUAUGCUGGCGCGCCGCCUGGACGCGACCGAUGUGGACGACGACGUGGGCUUCGACGAUCUCUACCUGGACGACCGGCCCAGCGGGGCUAGCGACGACCUGGCCUUUGCCGGCGACAUCAGCGACGGUGGGGCCAGCAGCCGGUCGCGGGCCAGCGACGCCAGUGAUGGCCAUGUCCUUGGCCGGCUGCUCCGACAGGUGCGGCAAGGUCUCUCCGUCGGCUGGCGCAAGCCGCGCUACCAGAAGCGCAGAGCACGCAGCAUAUCCGAGGAGUUCAGUAGCGGCGACACACCCCGUUUCAAGGAUGAGGAAUCCGCCAGCAAGACCGAAUCCGGACAUGGACCCAGCAGCGGAGGAGGCAGCGGUGGCGGGGGAGGUGGAACCGGAGCAGGUGGCUCCUACGGGGGAGCGUCAACUUCCGCUGCCGGUGGCUCCUCCAGCCAUUACAGGCCUGAUUCCGCUGGUCACAAGUCGGACAAGUCAGAGAAGGAUCGCGAGAAGAAGGAGAAGGAGCGCGAAGAGAAGGACAUAGAGAUGAUCAAGGUGUUCGAUGGCAACAACUCAUUCCGACGCCAGCAGUACCGUGUGAUCAUCGUGCAGCGCACAUACACGCUGGAGCAGCUGCUGACCACCGCGCUGCGGGCAUUCCACAUCACGCGCGAUCCGCAGGCCUUCUACCUGACCGAUCUGUAUGCGCCCGCCGGCAUGGAGGACGCCCCGAUGCUGGACCCCACGCCCGUGCUCAGCCUGACGCACCUGGAGGGCAAGCGGCCGGCCAUGUACCUCCGCUUCCACGAUCGCGACCGGGGCCAUGUGCGCGUCUAUCCCGGCAAGCUGCAGUGCUCGAUGCUGGAGGAUCCCUAUGUCAGUGUUCCUGUAGAUAAUAGCACAGUUAUUAAGGAUUUGAUUCGCGAUGCCCUGGACAAGUUCGGCCUACAGGAUAACCAAAUACAGGACUACAGGUGCUCGGAGGUGCUGCUCGAUCGCGGCGUGACCGAGCGUAUCUUGUCGUGGAACGAACGACCCUGGGAUAUUAUGAAGCAACUGGGCAAGGACUCCAUACGCCAGAUGGAGCUAAUGCGCUUCUACAUGCAGCACAAGCAGGAUCCGCACGGUCCCAACAUCGCUCUAUUCGUGGGCAACCUGCCCACGGGUCUGUCGCAGCGGAACUACGAGCAGAUCCUCAACAAGUACGUGACCGACGAGAACAAGUUCAUCAGCAUUGGACCCAUCUACUACGAGUACGGGUCCGUGGUGCUUACAUUCGAGGACUCCCAGAAGGCGGUUCGUGCCUUCUACAAUCUCCGCGAGACGAUCAUCGAGGACAAGAAGCUGCUGGUGCUGCUCCUGCCGAACAUCGAGCCCAGCAUGGUGCCCUCCGACGUGAGGCCACUGCUGGUCUUUGUCAACGUGAAGUCCGGCGGCUGUCAGGGCUUGGAGCUGAUCUCCAGCUUCAGAAAACUGCUAAAUCCCUAUCAAGUCUUCGAUCUGGACAAUGGCGGUCCUCUGCCUGGGUAUGGAACAUGAAUGCAAACCAAUCCCCAUGCCUGCUUUUCUAAACUAGUUUUCUUUCAUAUUUCCAGCUUGUACGUGUUCCGACAGAUAACCAACUACAAGAUCCUGGUUUGCGGUGGCGACGGAACCAUCGGUUGGGUGUUGCAGUGCCUGGACAACGUGGGACAGGACUCGGAGUGCUCCAGUCCGCCUUGCGCCAUUGUUCCCCUCGGAACUGGCAAUGAUUUGGCUCGCGUUUUGUGCUGGGGAUCUGGUUAUACCGGCGGCGAGGAUCCGCUAAAUCUACUGCGCGACGUCAUCGAGGCGGAGGAGAUCCGACUCGAUCGCUGGACGGUUGUCUUCCAUCCGGAGGACAAGCCCGAGGAGCCGGCCAUGAAGGCGCCCUCGCAAACAACCGGUGGUGCCCAAAACGAGGACAACUCACAGAUCUUCGUGAUGAACAACUACUUCGGCAUCGGCAUCGAUGCGGACCUCUGCCUGGACUUCCACAAUGCGCGCGAGGAGAACCCCAACCAGUUCAACUCUCGCCUACGAAACAAGGGCUACUACGUCAAGAUGGGACUGCGCAAGAUCGUGGGCCGCAAGGCGGUCAAGGAUCUGCAGAAGGAACUGCGGCUGGAGGUGGACGGAAAGAUUGUCGAUCUACCACCGGUCGAUGGCAUCAUCAUCUUAAAUAUUUUGAGCUGGGGAAGCGGCGCCAAUCCAUGGGGACCCGACAAGGACGACCAGUUCUCCACGCCCAACCACUACGAUGGCAUGCUGGAGGUAGUGGGCGUCACCGGCGUGGUCCACUUGGGUCAAAUCCAAUCCGGAAUUCGGACGGCCAUGCGCAUAGCUCAGGGUGGGCACAUCAAGAUACAUCUGAACACCGACAUGCCCGUUCAGGUGGACGGUGAGCCCUGGAUCCAGAGUCCCGGCGAUGUUGUCGUCCUCAAGUCGGCCCUCAAGGCCACGAUGCUGAAGAAGACGAAGAGCAAGCGCCGCCUCACGGAGCCGCACAUCUCGCCGGCGGUGCUCAGUCUCUCGGUGGCGCAGCAGGGAUCGGGAUCGGGACUGGGAGCGGGAUCUGUGUCUGUAUCGGGAUCCCCGCAAUCCCAGUCACAGCAGCAACUGCAGCAGCAGCAGCAACAAUCGCAGCUGGCCGAAAAUGGGGAGAAGGAGGCUUCGAUGGCUUCGCUGCCCGCCGGCUUCGGCAGCACCUAGAGCUUGGCCAGCGGCCUGCGAUAUUGGUUCUCCUGUUUCUACCCAUAAAACCAACCAAAGAAACCCCAAAAAACAAAACUCCAUAAGCCAUGAACAGAUCAACAGCCUUAAGCCUGAAAAUUGUAAUCAGAUAUCGAAAAUUUUAGCAAGAUAAAAACUCCAAUGCGCGCAAGCGAAUGAAACUAAUCUUCCAAAAGUCAGAACAAAAAAAAAAUAGCAUUAACCAAAGCCAAAAGUAAUGAAAUUAAAUAUAAAAACAAAUAGCUGUAAAUAAUAGUUGGUGCUGUCGAGCUCUGAGAACCACCCACCCACCACCCACCAAAACACCUCUGCACCGGAAGAACUGUGACCACCGCAAUUGAACUUGAACUAGCUAACUAAAGCAACACUACACCCACAAACAUCACACCACACCACACCACAGCAAGCCUAGCGCUCCUAGAAAAUGUCUACAGUUUUAAAUUAAUUUUUAUGCAAUCAUUUACCUUGAUUUUCCUUUGAAGGCAGUCCAAUUUGGACUUUUCCGUUACCAUUUUAUAUGCAAAUGCAAGCUUUCGUAAUCCAUCAUACAGUAUCGAAAUAUGUAUAACCGAAAACAUUUAGUUGAUUGAGUUCCUCCGUUACAUUUUGCCUGAUUUUUCAAGCUAGCUUUUGAACAAGAACCUAUAACGAAUUUAAUCUAAGGCAAUCGAUUUAUUUCCUUGCGUUAACUCUAUCUUUUCUUACUCUCUUUUUUCUCUCCUACCGAAUAUAUUGAACAAAAUACACAACUUUACACGAAUACGAAACAAAAAUCUAACUCUAUGAUAACAAAUAUUUUAAAACUAAUUUUAAAUGCAAUGCGGACAACGCUUAAAUUGUUUUUCAAAUUCCCAAAUGUCUUUCUCUCUCUCUCUCUCGCUGUCUGAAACGAUGAAAACGAAACAGGCGACCAUGUUGAAAAAGAACAAGCUGAAAAUGAAACGCCGGAACACGGAGCCCACUAUGAUGGUGGCCGGCUCAGCCGCUCCCCCGUUGUCACU